UUAGGGAUAGAACAGUAAUACUUAGAAUGACUAGUAUGGAUCAUCAACAGGCAAGGAAUAGCCCAAGUCAAAGUGAAUGAAGGAUAUUCCAUGCAUGAACUACAUGACAGUAAUGAUCAUGAACUAUUUCAGAGUUAUAGUGUGUAUUUUAUGUAGUGUAGCUGUUGCGGUCGUUGUCAUGAACGUGGUAACUGUCUAUGAGACUGUGUCUUCUUACAGGAACAGACCAAUCCAUGAUAUACUAAACAAAGGUGAUAAAUUAACACAUUCAUAUUUAACAACCAUCGAAGAUGAUAUUGAUGUUAUAUAUGAGCAUUUGGAGAAACAUAGAACUGAUGCAAUAAGGAAUCAAGGACUUUAUCAACGUGUUAAAAUACCGAAAUCACAUAUGGCAAAUUUUAAAGAUAUUUCAUCUAGUCGAGAUGAUUAUUUCUUGCAUAUAUCCACAGAACCAAAUAUUAAAACGCUACUGUUUGAACAUCUUGACCCUGACACUGGCGUUGAACCAACUCAGGGCUUUCAAUGGAUAGGCAGUAAGUCUUUAUGCAAGGUUCUCAAUAAUUACACAGGAGGACAUGGCUAUACUGGUCCUUGCAUUGAAGAUAUGGAGCAAGCAUUUAGCCAAACAGAUGCUGAGCUAACAAGGACUCGAUAUAAGAUGCCAUUAAAUGAGAAACUCACCGGGGAAGUUUACCAAUGGAGUUCUAUCUCAAGUUUCAUCCAUAUUAUGCAGAAUGCAGUUGUUCUCCCAAAUGGAGUUGUGUACAUUGGCAGCUUACAGGUUGUCCCAAAGUGUUGUCUUGGGCCAAGUGUCAUAAAGGAAUCCAAACAGUAUUUCGAUCAUCAAACAAAGUAUAAUUUAGAUUCAUUGAUUGUUUACCCUGAGGUAUUUGUUAUAUCUCAAAAAUGGUCCGAGGGAUUUUAUCACGGUAUAGUUGAAUCCAUUACAAGACUUUCUCGGUAUAUACAAUUUAUACAAAAACACAGCCAAAUCAAACUAUACAUGGCUUGUAGUCACUUCAUGCUCAUAGCAGUUCAAACACUAUUUCCCUCAAGAAACAUAUCAGAAUUUAUAAUAUGUGACAACACGAGUAUAUCUGCCUCGUUAGUCUAUUUUCCAGAGGGAUCCUCAUGUGGACGAUCGACGCCAGAAGCGUUGUCAUUAUCCUCAACCGAAUUCAGAAAUAAGAUAAAUAUAGUAGGACAACCAAAAAACUAUAUUCUAUUAAUCCAAAGAACUAAGGAUAGGUUUCUUGUGCAACAUAGAGAAAUAGCUGUUUAUUUGAAUGAGGUAGCUAAAGAUAGUGGAAUGGAACUAUUCGUUUUUACGGAUGAUCCACUGCCAGCUUUUAAGGAUGCCAUGCAACUAUUCAACCAAGCAAAACUUGUAGUUGCACCACACGGGGCUGGUCUGUCCAAUACAUUGUUCUCAAAUCCCGGACUAUUUAUCAUAGAGGUUGUUUGUAAAGACCCCAACUUGUGCUACCGAAGAUUAGCAAUUAAUAUCGGACACCACUAUCAUGGGGUCUCUUCAAAGUUUGGUUGCCCAACGAUGUUGAAUGUUGACGUCAAAGAAGUAAAAGAUGCUGUACGGUUUUAUAUCAAUAAAAUUACUGAUUGAUCAUGUUUUGUAUACCUGCUUGUCUGUUUUCUUGUUUAAAGGGUAACGCUUAUUAACGUUUCGCAAAUUGAACACUCAUUGUCGGUUUCGACACAUUUUAGUAUUAAAG